GAACACCUUAGUUAAAGUCCACGUUUUGCUUAGAUCAACAAGGUCGAUUAUUCAUUUUGACACACUAACGAGAAUAUACAAACAUAUUUACAAAACGAAGUAUUUGAUAAAUAUGGGAACACGAUCAGAUUUGAGUCAUUAGUGGGUCAGUCGAAUUAGUUAGUUAGGUUUGGGAGGUUGCUGCCGUUAGAGCAGAAUAAUGUUCUAUCCUAUCAACUGAAUACAUUUAUAUGGUAUUAAUUUAACCAAAUAAAGGAGUUAUGAGAAUAUAGUGUAUUCCUGAUAGUCAACCCCAUUCCAGUAUAGUAAAUAUCCAGUUACCACCAUAUGGCGACCUGAGAGACGGACUGGACUUCUGAAGCAGUAGAAAUCAGGAAAGAUGGCAAACAACUGGAAGAAACGAAGGAAAUUUGUGGUAAAGUACCAAUCCUCAUAUUAAUUGGUAUCGUUAGACUAUAUGGAGACUAUAUGGAGCUGGAGAGGCCAACGAUAAGGGAGUCCAAAUGGUAGACGUCGACAUGGACGAAGGUUUGGAGACAUGGGGCCACGCCCAAACGUCAAGAGGACAAAAAUGGAAAAGAAUGGACAAUACCUAGUGGAUAAAUGUGUAAUCAAUGUCCGCCAUGACGGAAUUCGCUCUAAUCAACUUCAAAGGAUUCAAAUUUCUCAUAACCAAAAAUCCAUCCAACAACAACUUGGAAGCGUUCAUCAAGGAGCUGAAGAAGAACAACGUGAAAAUCGUCAUCAGGGUAUGUGAGCCGACGUACGACACUGAAGCUUUGAAAGGAGCUGGUAUACAAGUUGUUAAUUUGACCAUUCCAGACGGAACCUGCCCUUCUGAUUCCAUAGUUCAGGAAUUUUUCCAUGUUUGCAAAAGACAGUUUUGUAUUAAUCCAGAGUCCUGUAUAGCAGUUCAUUGUGUUGGAGGACUGGGAAGAGCUCCAGUGAUGGUGGCCAUAGCCUUAAUGGAGCUGGGAUAUACUUACGAAGACGCCGUACAACUGAUCCGACAAAAGAGGAGAGGUGCGAUCAAUGCCAAGCAACUGGAAUUCCUAUCAAAGUACAAAGCAAAGUCACGACUAGGCAACGACAAAAAGAAAUGCGUGAUUCAGUGAAGUAGCAAAACGAAGAGUAUCUGCCUUGUUCAAGAGUUUUUGUGGGGUCUUCCUAUUUACUGAUUUUGAUACCUAGGUGCUAGACAACACAAAUGACUUAUAAAAUAUAUUCUGUCUUUCGGAUUGUUUAGAUUGUUUUGUCCAGAUAGUUGAAAGAUACUGAGUGAAUAAUAAAACGCUAGAUGCCUUACUAGGUAGCGCAAAUUGAAAUAUUCCUGGUCAUAAUUAACACAUCGAUAAAACUUAUUUUUAAAUUUAAAAUCAAUACUUUGGACGACCGGUUUCUAACAAACAAUUUUGAUGUUCAUCGUCAGGCCUCCAGAAAGGUCACUUUUAUGCUAAAAUUACAAAUUACAACUAUUAGGGUCCGAUCAGGCAUAAUAUAAAUUAUACAAAUAUAUAUGUGUAUAAAUUGUACUUGCAUGCCGAUAUAAAGGAUUCAGUUACAUAUGAUGUACAUACUAAAAAGUUCAAUUAUGCUAGGCUGUUGUCUAGUGUUAUUAGUUUUAUUGCACAUAGAAAUAUGUAUUAUUUGGGAUGUAGGAUAAAACUAAUGAAAUUAUUGUUUUUCAAACUGUAAGUGACCGUAUAGUUUUAUCAUUAAUUUAUUUAUUAUUUUAUCAAUUAUUUAUAAUAAACAUCACAUCACUUACUGUUUAAUAAGGCUUAAUUGUAACAACUAACAAACAAUAAAGAUUUUAUACAAAUUUUACCGGUGUGUUAAUUGUGUUUAGAGGUGUGUAUUUGCUUAGUUAGUUUACCUCCUUGUUUACAUUCCAGCUUUUAUUAAGCUAUAACUAGAGUUCACAUACACAAAAUUAAGUGCUUUAAACAUUUCGUGGGAAAAAUACACAUACAAUGUAGUACACAUAUACUUGUUAUAUAAAAUGACGUCAUCGAAGCAGUUAACGAAUUUUGUAUAUUUGAGAGCGCUCAUAAACAAGGUCAUGUGAUAUUUUGGGCUCAAUCUUCCUUUUAAGUCGUUAAUUAUAUCGAGAAAUACAAAGGUAAAACUUUAUAAAACAAUAAUACGCCUAGUCCUAACUCCUUCAUAAUUAGCAUUUGUUCCGUGUUCUUCUGUAUUCUGUUAAGAACUUCGGUCUUUGUUGUUCUUUUGGUCAUGAGAAUAUAAUAUGUAGUAUUCUCCUAUUAGUCCAUUCUUGCACGGUUUUUGCUCUAAAUUUUAAAGAACCGCUUGGAUUGACAUGAAAUUUGGCAUACGUAUAGCUUACAUGUCAAAGAAAAAAAGUGAUAUUAUGCCGAUGUGUGCUUUUGCCCUGGGGGUGACUUUCACCCCCUCUUGGAGGUGAAAAAAUAGAUGUCCAAAAUAAGUCCGGAAAUGGGUAAACUGACUAAUUUUAAGUAACUUUUGUUCUAUAGAGCUUUUUCGCCAAGUCAACACUUUUCGAGAUAUUUGCGAGUGAAUAUGUUCAUUUUUUAACAAAAUAACCACAUUUUUAGACCGUUUUUCGCAAAUAACUCAAAAAGUAAGUAUUUUGUGAAAAAAAAAUGUUCUUAGCAAAAAUAUAGUCUAUAAAAAAGUAAAAAAAAUGGAGUACGCGUUGGGUCUCUGGAUCUCGUAGAACCAGAGUUAUAGCCAAUGAAAAAUAGAUUCAUAUUCACCAAAUUUCAAAUAGAAUAAAUAUUUCGACGUAAAAUAUUCAAAAAAUUAAGCACUUUUUGGGAAAAACCCAUUACAACUUUUUUAAAGUGUUUAAAAAAAGCUUUAUUUUUGUUUUUACGAAAAGUUUUUAGCUUUAAAUUUAAGCAAGUUACGCUCAAAAUAAAGUUGGUCCCUUUUGUUUUUGCAAAAAAAAAAUCGGGAAGACCACCCCCUAAUUAGCAACUUAAAUGAAAUUAAUCGUUACCGCUCCACAAAUUAUUUUACUUAUGUUGUGUUUAUAUGAUCUGUAAGUUUCAUCGAUUUAAAGUGCUUAUUUUUGAAGAAAUUUGGUUUCAAAGUAAAAUUUUUAAAAAUUUAAAUUUUGAAAAAGAUGUUUUUUUUUCAAAAUAACUUAAAACUUCUUAGAGAUACCAAAAAUCUCGAAAAACAAAAAAGUCAGAUUUGCUUUUCUAAAUAUCAUGUAUUUUUUUGUUUUUCUGUUAGACAAAAAUUUAUUGAGGUUUGGUGUUUCUAAAUUUGCAUACAUUCGUGAUCAGUGACUCGUUCAACCCCUUUUAAAUACAGCACUUUCAAUAAUAAGGACUUUGAACCGAUGAAACUUACAGAUCAUAUAAACAAUAUAUACACGAGUCAAGAAAUCUGUGAAGUCGUAACGAUUAAGUUCAUUUAAGAUACUAAUUAGGGGGUGAUUUUCUCGAUUUUUUUACCAAAACCAAAAGGGACUAACUUUAUUUUGAGCGUACCUUGUUUAAUUUUGAUACUAGAAUUUUUUUUCUAUAAAACAAAAAUGAAGCCUUUAUUAAACACUUUAAAUAAGUUGUAAUGAGUUUUCCCCGAAAUGUGCUUCAUUUUUGGUCAUUUCACGAUAAAGUAUUCUAUUUGGAAUUUGACGAAUAUGAACCUAUAUUUCAUUAGCUAUAACUCUGCUUGUACUAGGUGUAGAGUCGUGAUAUAUACACCAUUCUUUUAAAUUUUUUACAGGCUAUAUUUUUGCUAAGAAUGUUUUUUCGACAAAAUGCUUACUAUUUGAGUUAUUUGCGAAAAACCGUCUAAAAGCGUGGUUAUUGAGCGUGUUGAAAAAAUGAACAUAUUCACUGCCAAAUAACUCGAAAAGUAUUGACUUAUUGAAAAAAGUCUAUAGAACAAAAGUUACUUAAAAUUAGCCAGUUUAUCGAUUUCCUGACUUUCUUUGCACGAAUAUUUUUUCACCCCCAAAAGGGGGUGAAAACCACCCCCAGGGUAAAAGCACAUAUCGGCACAAUAUCACUUUUUUUCUUUGACUUGUUACCUAGGUGUAUGCCAAAUUUCAUGUCAAUCCAAGCGGUUCUUUAAAAUUUAGAGGUUUUGCAAUAUUUUACCGUUAAUGAAUGGACUAUAUAAUGAUACAUUUAAAAAACUUCGAUGCGUUUUUAUAGUGAUUGGUUAGGAGUUCUGAUCUCACACCGGUAGAGAAGAAUUUGGAAAGGCUAUUAUACGAAUAGGUAUUCCCUGUUCAACGAUUAAGAAGAUGCUUUCUGCUCGGCGAAGAUGUUUUCUGAGUACAUAUUUUCUAAAGAGAAGUGGGGACAAUAUACAUCCCUGUGGUACACCUGUUCUUAUAGCUAUUUCCUCCGACAUAUUGCUCUCCACCCGCACUUGUGCUAUCUAAUACCAUUACAGUUUUUGAUGAUUUGUAAUUCACGUUCAUGUAAACCUGUUGCGCUGAGCAUAUCUGCUAUUUUCUGGUAUUGAACGUAAUCAAAAGCGAUGAGAGUGGGCACUAAAAAUUAAUACUAAAAACAAUUAUAGCCCAGUGAAUGAACGGGAAAUUCGACGAUACCGUGUAAUUUUCAGGGGCAACUCCGAAUUGCAUGGAAAUUUGGAUUUAGGUCCUACUUACCCUCCACUUCAAAGUUGAAAUUGUGCCGUUGGUUGCUUUUACUUGGGGGGUGACAGUCACCCCUUCUCGGGGGUGAAAAAACAUACGUUCAAGAUAAGACCGGAAAUGGAUAAACUGACUGAUUUUAAGCAACUUUUGUUCUAUAGAGUUUUUACUUAAGUCAACACUUUUCGAGUUAUUUGCCAUUGAAAAUGUUGAUUUUUCGACAAAAAAACUACGUUUUCAGACGGUUUUUCGCAAGUAACUCAAAAAGUAAAUAUUUUAUCGAAAAAAAAAUAUCCUUAGCAAAAGUGUAGCUUAUAAAAAACUCCAAAAAAUGGUGUAUCAGUAAAGUUUAUCAAUCAAAUAAAAACAAAGUUGUAGCUCAUGAAAAAUACGUUCUUGUUCGUCUAAUUCCAAAUCGACUAUUUCCAGGUGGAAUCACCGAAAAAUUAAGCACUUUUCGGGAAAACCCAUUUAAACGUUUUUAAAGUGUUUAUAAAAAGAUUUGUUUUAAUUUUUAAACAAACGUUUUAGCAUUAAAAAUAAGCGAGUUACGCUCAAAAUAAAGUUGGCCCUCUUUUUUUUUGUAAAACAUCAUGAAAAUCUCGCCGUGUUUAGCUCCCCAAAUGAAAUUAAUCGCUACCGCUUUACAAACAAUUUACUUACCUAUCUAUUUUUUAUAUGAUCUGUCAGUCUCACCUUGAAAGGGUUAUAAUUGAGAAAGCUUGAAUGCGUCACUGUUCACGAGCGUAUGCAAAUUUUGAACCGCCAUAUCUUAACCAAUUUUUGUCUUACGGAGAAACAAAAUAAAACUAGCAUAUUUAUAAUAGCAAAUUCUACAUUUUUUUACUCUUUAAGAUUUUUCUUAUCACUAAUAGUUUUUAAGUUAUCUUGAAAAAAUAAAAUUUUUCAAAAAUUUUUAGAAAAUUUUAUUUUAUUAUACAACCAAAUGUUUUCAAAAAUAAGCCCUUCAAACCAAUCAAACUUACAGAUCAUAUAAACAAUACACAUACAGUUAAAAUAAAUGGUAAAGCCAAACGAUUAAUUUCAUUUAGGAUGUUAAAUAGAGGGAGGAUUUCACGAUUUUUUUUACCAAAAAAGGGGUUAACAUUUUUUUCAGUGUAACUCGUUUAUUUUUGAUGCUGUAAACUUUUGUAAAAAAAAAUAAUAAGCCUUUUUCGAUACUUUAAAAAUGUAAUAAGGUUUUUCCGAAAAACGCUUCUUUCUUCGGUGAUUUCGCGUUGAAUUUUUCGAUUUGGAAUUAGACGAAUAAGAAUGUAUUUUCAUGAGCUACAACUUUGCUUCUACUCAAUUUGUAGACUUUACUGGUACACCAUUUUUUUCGUUUUUCUGUAGGCUACACUUUUGCUAAAAAUAUUUUUUUCGAUAAAAUAUUUACUUUUUGAGUUAUUUGGGAAAAACGGUCUGCAAACGUAGUUUUUUUGUCGAAAAAUCAACAUUUUAAAUCGCGAAUAACUGGAAAAGUAUUGACUUACGUAAAAAACUUUAUAGAACAAACGGUGCUUAAAAUAAGUCAGUUUAUCCAUUUCCGACCUUAUUUUAAACACGCGUGUUUCACCCCCCGAGAAGGGGUAAAUGUCACCCCCCAAGUAAAAGCAACCAACGGCACAAAUUCAACUUUGAAGUGGAGGGUAAGUAGAACCUAAAUCCAAAUUUUCAUGCAAUUCGGAGUUGCCCCUGCAAAUUACACUCCAAAACGGUCAUUUAUUGGGCUAUAAACAGAGUGCACAGAUUCUAAAGGUGCCGGUGGGGUACGGCGUCUAUGCGCAGUAUUAUAGUAGGUGUAUAAGAGAGAAAGUAAUCGAAAUAAUAAAAUAACAACUUUUAUCGCCAACCGUCAUUAAAGUCAUUCAUUAUUGUACUCAUUUGUCCUCAUUUGCGGCAGUAAAGUAACACUUUAUUGUACUGAAAGAAUAAUUUUAGUUUACAUGCCCGGAUUAAUCGAAAUUGAAUGUAAGUGGUCGAUGGCAGUAAUCGAUUAUUUAUUUGAGUUAACAUACAAUUUAUUUACUUUAAUUAUUAAAAAUAUGGUAGAAAAUUUAUGACAUUGUUAAUUAAAUUUAUGUCAAAAUGUGAAAUUCUGUAGUAUUUUGUAAUUAUAUUCAUAUACAAUAAAUCAAAACUUUACCGAUUUAGUAAUUAUUCAAUAUUGAUAACUAUCGAUUAAAAAUCGACAGCGGCCAUCUUGCAAAAGUUAUCUGUCAUCACUGUCAUGAAAUUAUUAUGACGUCUAAAAUUUAAAAAGUUCUUAAAUUGUAAAUUACAAGUAAGUGUUAAAACCAAUAUCAAAUUAUGUUGGCGAUUAAAUUUUGUAUGCACCACGACAGUAAAUACUUUUUAUCGAACUCAUCUCUUAUUCGCCUCGCCCGCUACACUCGCUUUGCUCAUAAUAUCAGACUCGUUCGAUAAAGAGUAACUUUACUGACUUGGUACAUAAAUAACCAUUAUAUUAUUCGUUAUUUCAUGUCGAACCAGCAUAUUAGAAUAGCGUUUACAGGAAUAUCCCGGUUUAAGGAAUAUAAUUUUGAGGUUCCGAAACGUUUCUACUAGCUACCAAUGAUCGGUUAUUAGAAUAUCCCGGUUAUAGGAAUAUUUUUGCUUGGGACGAAGGCUAUUCCAAUAAGCGGGUUCAACUGUAUUUUGAGUACUUUCUCUUUGGUACACCGACUAUAAUACUGCGCACAGACGCCAUCCCAUAGAUGAGGGGGUCGCCAUCCCAAACCGACACCUUUAGAAUCUGUGCACGUGCACUGUACCUGCCAAUAGAAACCAGACUUACAUAAUUAAUUUAACCAAAAUUUCCAAGUUUAUUGUCAUUCUGAUAUCUUCUGAAUCAUAUCAGGGUUGAUAUCUGGUUCUUUGCAAGAUAUUUUCAAAACUUUUGAAUCUGUCUCUAGGAGUUUCUAUUUAUUGUUCUGAAAUCUAUUAGAGAAAGAUUUCAACAAAAAUAAAAUAAAUAUAUACUACAAUCUGUGUGUUUUUCGAGAAUUCACACAACAGUAAAGAAUUUUUCCCAUAUGUUAUUUGACAAAGUAAAUAAUAUUAUUUAGACUAUGUAUUAAUAUAUUUUUGAAGCUCGAUGCGAUGGAAAUUUGGAAAAUUAAAUUUAUUAAUGCCUGGUUGCACAAACAGAUCGUAAGCUCCAGCUUAGCUAAGCUCUAGUUAUAGAUAGGGCCUCCUUGAGUAUCACUUACGUUGCACCAUAAUUUUAGAUUCUUGCCUUAUUAUCAAUUAUGUCUAUUAUUAUAUUAUGGUAUUCUUAUUGUAAUAUAUUGUUAUGACAGUUCCGUAGAUUGUUCCUACAUAGAAAGAGUCCCUCGACGUGAAAGAAGAAGUAGUCACGUACGAGAAUGUUCUGGAUGUCAUGGAAUAACCCAGAAAUGUCUGGUGACGUCUAGAACGUCAGAAAACUAUAUAAACAUUGUGUUUGACAUUUGAUAGUUCAGUUGUAUUUUGAGAUUUUGAGUAUUUAAAAGUUGUCAGUUUGUUCAAGUUGUUAACGUAUUGUAAUAUUGUAUUGGAGUUUAAAUAAAGUAUUGUAAAGAACUUGUAACAAUAUUAUAAUUAUAUUAUAUUAAUUCUUAUGAUAUUCUCGACUUAAGCUUAAGAUCUGUUGGUGCAACCGGGCAUUAAAUAUGUCACUGGACAAUACUAAUCUAACAAUUUCUCGAAAUUUUGUACAAUGAAUGAAGUUCAUGCUGUGUACAAUUAGUUAGAUUUUCAAGUUCUUUGUGUAUCGUCCAAUUGAUUCUGAAACUUUGCAAUAAACUUUUUAAAUUAACUAAUAAACCAAGAAACUAAAUGUCGAAAGUGUGUAAUAUUUUUUUAAAAAACAUUAAUAAAAUGAAAGAAGUAUUAUUUUAGGAUAGAAAUAAUGUGUAUAUACUUUUAGAUUAUGUAUUUUGGCUUAGUCUCUUAAGAAAUAAAAUAAUUUUGAAAAA